UUCUUCUCCAUCUCUCUCUCUCUCUCUCUCUCUCUCUCUCUCUCUCUCUCUCUCUCUCUCAUCUCAUCUCAUCUCGUUCGCUCGAAACCCUAACAAUCCCAAUUUCGUGUUCUCUGAAUCGAUUCCUUACCUUUUUAUGGCGUAACGCUCUACCAAUUUCAACGAUAUAGGUUUUUUUUUUUUCAUAUAUAAUUAUUUGGAAGAAUCAAAUACAAAGAGAGAAAACAAUGUCAACGGGGAAUUCGUCAUCGCUACCACCACCAUCCUCAUCUCCCGACGCAAUAGAUCCAGCACCGUUGCUUGUAAACGGAGAGGAUAAUGAAGGAAGCAACGGAGGAGGUGGGGAACGGAGAUCUGUGAGGAGACAAGGUUUGAGAGAAGCCGCGAGGUUUCUGAGUCGUGCGAGUAGCGGACGUGUUAUGAGGGAGCCUUCUAUGCUUGUGAGGGAGGCUGCGGCGGAGCAGCUCGAGGAGAGGCAGAGCGAUUGGGCUUAUUCGAAGCCUGUGGUGGUGCUUGACAUCGUUUGGAAUCUGGCUUUUGUUUCUGUUGCUACGGCUGUUUUGGUUAUGAGCAGGAAUGAGCAUCCGAUUAUGCCGCUUAGAGUUUGGCUUUUGGGGUAUGCUUUGCAAUGCGUCUUGCAUAUGGUUUGUGUGUGUGUUGAGUAUCGGAGGAGGAAUAGGAGGAGAACCAGUAGGAAUACUCCACGGUCACGUUCUUCUUCUUCCUCUUCGUCUUCUUCUUCCAUGGAGGAAGACGCUUUGGGUUCCAGGAGGCAUUCAGAUGAGCAGGACUUGUCUCUCGGACACUUGGAUAGCGAAAGCAGCAGCAGUGUUGCAAAGCAUUUGGAAUCUGCCAACACAAUGUUUUCAUUUAUAUGGUGGAUCAUUGGAUUCUACUGGGUAUCUGCUGGUGGUCAAGAGUUGGCACAAGAAUCCCCACGGAUUUACUGGUUGUCUAUCGUCUUUCUUGGUUUCGAUGUGUUCUUUGUUGUCUUCUGUGUUGCGUUGGCCUGUGUUAUUGGAAUUGCUGUUUGCUGUUGCCUGCCCUGCAUCAUCGCAGUUCUAUACGCCGUUGCAGAUCAGGAAGGUGCUUCAAAAGAAGACAUUGAGCAGCUCACCAAAUUCAAGUUUCGAAAAGUAGGUGAUGCCAACAAACACACUGGUGAUGAUGCCCAAGGAACUACAGAGGGGAUAAUGACCGAGUGUGGUACAGAUUCACCCAUUGAACAUACUCUUUUACAAGAGGAUGCAGAAUGUUGCAUCUGUCUGUCUGCAUAUGAAGACGGAACAGAACUAAGGGAACUUCCUUGUGGCCACCAUUUCCACUGCUCAUGUGUUGACAAAUGGCUAUACAUAAACGCGACUUGCCCACUCUGCAAAUACAACAUCCUGAAGAGUAGCAACUUGGAUCGAGAGGAAGUCUAGAAGAAAACAGCAUUACUUGAUCAUGACCCACAACAUCUGAUUGAUCAUGAGACUUGGGGUUAAGGUAAAAAAAAACAAGACUGGGUUGUUUUUUUAGAUGUGAUGCAUUGUUUGUGAUAUGAUAAUGAUAUCUAUACAAAUUAUUAUACUUCUGUUUGUUUUUGGUUUGGAAAUUAAUCAGGUCUGUACAUCUGUAUCUAUCUUGUUCCACUUGAAACCAAUGUUUUGUAUUGCCUUUUUUCUCAGUCGACCUCAGAAUUGUUAGAGGUUUUCAUCGUCUUAGAUAGUUAUGUGUCGAUGAAGUCUAUGAAGAUUUUGAUUGUUAAUCUGAGAGUUCUUUUUUCCA